UAAUGCCUACCAUCAACUAGUGCGGUAUUCAGUCGUAUCACUCAAUUCUAUCAGAAUGGAUUUCUCCGGUAAAGUUGUACUCAUCACAGGAGCAAGUAGCGGAAUCGGUGCUGCUACUGCCAAAUACCUAUCCAAAUUAGGCGCUACGGUGGUUUUGACUGGACGAAACGCGGAAAACCUUAACAAAGUUGGAGCAGAAUGCCAGGCUGUGGGAAAGCAGAACCCAUUUCUUCUGGUAGCCGACGUGACUAAAACCGAGGAUAACAGUCGUGUGAUUGAAGAAACCAUCAAGAAAUUCGGCAAACUCGAUGUCCUGGUGAACAAUGCGGGUAAAGGAGGGUCUGGCGGCAUCGAAACUACCAGUCUGGAACAAUACGAUGAUAUUAUGCAUGCCAAUCUAAAAGCCGUCUAUCAUCUGACGAUGCUGGCUGUGCCUUAUCUUAUCAAAAGCAAAGGGAAUAUCGUCAACGUAUCAAGUGUCGCCGGAACUAGGUCUUUCGCGAACUUAUUGGCCUAUUGCAUUUCCAAGGCUGCACUGGACCAAUUCACAAGAUGUGUUGCGCUUGACCUGGCACCGAAACAAGUGCGAGUCAAUUCGGUCAAUCCAGCGGUUAUUGUAACGGAUUUCCACAGUCGUUUGGGUAUGACUCCGCAAGAUUAUGCAGCAUAUCUGAAGAAAUGUGAAAACGAUCAUCCUCUUGGGCGAGUGGGUCAAGCGUCUGAAGUGGCUGCCGCUAUAGCUUUCCUAGCCGCAAAUAAUGCCAGCUUCAUUACCGGAACGAGCCUCUGUGUCGACGGAGGAAAGAACGUUUUGUGUCCACGAUAAAACGUGCUUGUAAAUACAGCUAAAUAAAACUUUCAGCAGAGUUGCAAAUUUUCGGAAAAUGUGGAUUAAAUUAUAAAGAGAGAAGGAU